AUGUCAAUCAACAAGCGAAAGAACGAAAGCAAUAGCGAAAGUGAAGAAGAAAGCAGAGAGUUGGUGGAUGUAGAUUUCGAAUUUUUCGGGCCAACCGAAAUUGACUAUCUGGCUCUGAAGCGCUUGCUGAACCAGUUGUUCAGCACGGACUCUGCUACAUUCCAGGUCGAACACCUCACAGAACUCAUACUAGCUCAACCUGGUAUUGGGUCAACAGUCAAAACGGACGGUAUUGACUCGGAUCCUUAUGCUAUCCUGACUGUGCUCAACAUGAAUGUACACAAGGACCAUCCGUCGAUAAAGUCCAUAAUCAAAUAUCUUUUAGAGAAGAUACCCCAGGACUCUCCAGUUGGGUCGAUGUUAGCCAACCUCUUGUCGCCUCAGGCAUUAGAUGCGCCGCAUGGACAUACGGGGCUUAUUAUAAGCGAAAGGUUAAUUAAUAUGCCACCUCAAAUCAUGCCGCCAAUGUAUCGAAUGCUUCAGGACGAAUUAGUAAAUGCUGUAAACCAGAAUGAGCCAUACCGCUUCAGCAAUUACGUGAUAAUAUCUCGUUGUUUUCGAUUCGACGACACUGAAGAGAGCUCUACUGGUACCAGUCAGCCGGCCAAAAAACAAAGGCGUAAAGGAGGUGUACUACGCCCUUAUCAUGCAGAGGACGAAUGUAUCGAAAAGGUCUCAUUGGCGAAAGCAGAUUACGAAUACACCAAUAAAGUUGAACGUGAAGAAGAUUCAUUCGGGGUUGAUCUUGCAGGCCGUGUGAUUAUAUUUCCCGAUUCAAAUCUCGCUCGCUUAGUAUCACUUAUGGAUGAAAGCUUCCCUGCAAGGAGAGCAUAA